UAUCAACAAAGCAUUAACAAAUCUCGUGUGGUGGAUAGAAAGAGAUUUCUCUGUUUUUCUCCUAGCUUUUAAUAUUUCAAAGUUCAAGUUUUAACGAAAGCGCUACUCGAUCGGCAAUGGAAUUUUGGCCAUUAGUGUCACCUCGGACCGGACUGCGCUUCAUGGUUGUGUCGGUGAUGUUCUGUGUCAUCCUGGUUCAUUUGACUUCUGCUAAGAGUCAGUCGUUGCUGUACCGAGGACCGAGAGCAGCCAAGAAAAAUGCCAACUCUGUAGUCGGUGACUUUGAAAGAAGACUGAAAGCCAUGGAAGAAAGGUAAGCUAUCAAAUGAACGACCUUUGUUGAAUACAAAUUUAGAACUUUUUUCUGUUUCUUUCGGUAAGAAGGUGAGAGAAUCGCUUAAUCCCCAAACUCACGCAUAAUAAAUGUCCUUAGAUGGAUUUAGUUAUGGCAUAUUAAGUAAUAAUACAAUGAGAUUUCUCGAGAAGCGUUCUAAACCAUUGCCAUGUUUAAUACAUUUUAGAUGAAGAAGUUUAGUUUCAAUGUAAUCUCUCGUGCUUGAAUGCAAAACGGUCACGCAUCUUACUCUAAGCCGGGCAAUUUAUUCUUAAUUCUAACAAACAAAUGACUCUUUCUUCAAAAAAGUAAGUUUCGAGAUUAGUUUUCUGGUUGACUGUUGUUAAAAAUCUGCAGGCGUUGAUUGUAGGAAAAUCAACCCUUCUGAUCACUGUUGUCUCUUUUAUUUUCUCCACUGAAGGCACAACACCAGCACAAGCUUGACAAAUAAGCGAUUGGAAGAGAUAGAAAAAAGGUUUGUGAUGUUAUGCGAAUUGAAAAGUAGUCCUGAAGUUUCAUUCAAAUCCAUCCAGUCCUUCCUCCAUGAGUACUUUCUGCGUUACUUGAAUGAACUACUUCCUUUCAAAAUAAAGAGAGAUGGUCAAUUUUUAACCUCGGUGAAGAAAUUUUCCUUUCUGCCUUUUUGCAAAGUUUUAUCCAGAUUUUAAUGGGAGUAGAAAACAAUUCUAAAUAACCAUUUUGAUUAGAAAAACUUCAUUAUUCUGAGAAUUAAAUAUUACUUAAUGUACCGAAAGCACGUCCAGAGUUCAGUAGCUUUCAGUGUGAUGGAAAAACAAAUACGGCAGGAAGAGAAGAAUGAGGAUUUCACGCGCACUCACUGUCUUCUUCAAAAGCUCAUCAUUGUUGAAUAUUUAACAUGUAACGUGCAACCACACAACAAUUAAUGACAACGUUAACCCUGCCCUGCAAUAAAAAUACCGUUUGCUGCUGUCGCUUGUGUCUCUUUUCAAUUGUUUAGAGCGCCACAACACCGAAAUCUGCCAUUUAGGCAUGUGGAUAAAUAAAAAUCAUUAGGAAGUUUUGAAACUUCUUCAGCGUGAUCCGGCUGUAGACAAGAUUUCACCCUUUACGAGUAUGAAGAGUUUUGAUCGUUUUCAUUUUAAUUGCCUACUUCAAGGAGGGCUUUAUUUUUGAGGUCUACAAGAUAGAACAGCUGAACAAAACAGCAGAGAGUUCUAUUGAGAUUAUGUAUAGCUAUAAUGCAAAUUUCUAUACCGCGCGCUCUCAUUGCAUGAUAUAUAAUCUCAGUGCAAGGUAUGAAGCUGUGAAAAAAUUGCCUACCAUACAAGCGUAUCAGGAAUCCAUUCUAAGAGUGUAACUGUCAGGUUUAUCAGCCAUGUUAUCUUUCCUUAGACUUGAUCUGCUGUUGCGUAUACCAUCUCGAUCAGGGGACUCGUAUGCGUCGCUAUUGGUCUACUUAUUAGGUUGGUAAUAAAGAAACUUGAUGUAAACAGGAUAAAUACACUUACUAUAGGUGACUGAAAAAGCUAUAUUUUUCAGCUUGAAGCUCUGAUAAAUAAGCAGUUGUGAGAAAUAAAAGUUUUUACUCUCCCUACAAGAGCAGAAAAAUAUGAUCUUUAUUUUUUCUUAAGCGGUUUCAAUUCUCAGUUUAACUAAUCAUAAAAUAUUCUGUAAAAGUACUUGAAUUUGAUAGUGGGCGAUUACUAUUCCAUAUUUUCUUUCUUGAUUCGGUUUCUUUGAUGAUGUUGGUAUAUUGAAGAUGAGGUUUUUAAAAACGCUUGAAAAAAUGUCUUACUCGGUGUUAUUGCUUUGUGUUUCUGAUUUCACAAACUAGGGAGUUAAUCCAGACGAAAGAAAAAAAGUGUACUAAGGAAGGGUAACAGUACUGCCUGUUUCCAAUCGUCAGAAACGACUGACUUUGUCAGAAACAAGUAAAAACAGUCAAGUCAAGUCAAUUUUUAUUCAAACUCACCCAGAAUAAUUAUAAUUAAAACAAAUUAGUGCUUUAAAAUAUAAAAUCGAGAGAUUGUGAAGGGAAAGAAAAUUUCAAUUGUAGGUUUAUUGUGCAGAGUUUGGGACACCUAAAUAGUUCGUGGAACUAUCCGAGUAGGUGACCCAAACAAGCAUAUGAGUAGAAGGAAUAUAGAUGCAAAAUAGUUGUUUUAGAUAAAAAGUAUUAUUUCAUUAAUUAAAUAGUAGUUAAGAUAAUAUAAUCGUAAAACAUUAGGAAUCAAUAAUAGUAUUGUAACCAUCAAUCACAGAAUUCUUGAUAUGUUGACGAAAACUGGAAAACGGCUUGAUUUUCUUAACAUCAAUAGAUAAAAAAUUCCAAAGUUUUGGACCAGUGUAACUGAGAGAACGAAUGCCGUAUUGAGUGGUAUGAACAGAUUUAACAAACAGAUUAUCAAUCUGUGAUUGACGUGUAUUAUAUGAAUGAAUUGAAGAGUAGUUUCACAAAGGUUAAAAAAACUGAGAUAUUUAUAAGUAGUAUUGUCUUAGAUAUUAUAGGUAACCAAGAAUUAGCGGCUGUGAGUAGGUUAACCUAAUCAAAUAAGGCUGACUGUGCUUAGCGUUCAUCCGUCCUUGGUGUAUUUCAGGUCAGCAUGGUCAAAGUACCCUGGGAAAGGUGCGCGUUGGACCAGCUGGUCCCCCUGGGCCUCCUGGGCCAGCUGGACUAACCGGGAAAACUGGAGCUACUGGACCAUCAGGACCUAAAGGUAAAAUUAUCUGUUGUUUCUUUCUUGGUGUUGCAAACGGGUUAAUCCCCAAAUGACGUAAUUCAUGCAAAAGAUUGAAAAGACGCUAAAUAAUACCAACACCAAAACACAAGAGCCAAAAAGCAAUAGUUUUCGUGUAUCUAUGGCUUUAUGGCACUUAAAUGAGAAAUUAAAAACGGUCAUAUCUAAUCGGCGGAAAUUAAAUUUUCUGGCAAUGAAAUACCCAAUAACGUUGUUGAGUGCUCAGCAUGGGGUUAUUCUUCACAGGGGACGCGGGAAAACCUGGAAUCAACAAGCCAUUCCCAGGCCCUCCUGGUCCUAAAGGAGACCAGGGAGUAGUUGGGAAGACUGGAGCCCAGGGACCACAGGGUGCAAAAGGAGAAAAGGGACAGGAUGGAUCUGGGGCAUCAGGGGUGAAGUACAUUCGCUGGGGAAGAACCACUUGUCCUAGUGGCGCUCAGGUAGUUUAUAAAGGUAAGAGAAUGGUCAUACAAAUAGUAAGGGUUAUUGUACUCUAAUGGUCAAUGCAAAUAGGUUCUUAAGAUGUAGAGUAACUAGCGAAUAUUUCUAUAUCGAGUAAUUCUUUUCCAGUAUUAUUAGGCUUAAUACUUUCCACGUCUUUGCUGCUCUCUCUUUCCAGACAACUUUAUUCCCUAUCUUUUAAACCAUCAUGAAAAAAGAAUUGCACUAGAUCGUUUUUUACGGCCAUUCGGGACGUAAUAUAGAGUUAUUAAUCAAGUUAAUUUUGCUCCUGGCACUAGGUAUAAUGGGUGGAGAAGACCACAAUAACCCUGGCGGUGGGGCGAAUUACCUCUGCCUUCCACACAAUCCAAAAUAUGACAAGUACAAAAAUGGCCAUCAGGCCUCCGGAUACGUGUACGGCACUGAAUAUGAAGUGAGUCAUUACAACGGAGACCCUUUUAAGAGAAAUCUCCAUGAUCAUGAUGCGCCAUGCGUUGUCUGCUUCGUCAAGUCACGUGGUUCAAUGCUGAUGAUGCCCGCAAGGAAUGACUGUCCAUCUGGAUGGACCGAGGAGUAUCAUGGGUACCUGAUGACUGCAUAUUAUAACCAGAAGCAUUCAAGUGACUUCGUCUGUGUUGAUGGGGAUCCGGAGUAUGUUCCUGGUAGCCAUGCCAACAAAAAUGGUGCUUUGCUGUACGCUGUGGAAGGUGUUUGUGGUUCACUCCCGUGUCUUCCUUAUGUCGGCGGUCGAGAGUUGACAUGCGCUGUGUGUACCAAGUGAUGAGGGGCUUACAACAAGCUGCAACGUCAAAAAAAAGGAGAAUUAUGUUUGAUUCGAAAUAUCAUAAUACGCCAUUAAGUUAAAAAAAACCUGAAGGAAAGUCCAUUGUAGCAUAACACGAGCUACAUGUAGAAGUAAAAACAAUAAAAAUAAAAGAUAAUCAGUCAGAAAAAACAAUAUGUUACUUUACUGGGAAUCUUCAAGCUCCUCAAUCCUUUUACCUUAUCCGAAAUCAAAGAAGGAAAGCAUUUCAAAAUACUUUGACGCUUAUACGCAGCAAAUUAUAGAUUUUUUAAAGUACAUCAAUAAACGCAUGUUCGUCAUUGAAUACACCACAAAUUUUGUUUUUAUGCUAUUAUUUCGGCUAUUUUGAUUUAAUUGUACUCCGA